AUAUCCCAAUUCUGGCAGUAGGGGAGAGAGCGGAAACCAACUAGUUUGAGAGUCCCUCCGUAGUUCAAACUACAGCGUGUGUGAGAGUUAAUUCAAUAACAGAGAGCCGAAAGACGCGUCGCUGAUCCGCCGAACGCGCGGCACGUAACUGGACGUCAGGUGAAGCGUCGCGUAACUUAACGGACCGUCGUCAUCAUUGAGAACUUUAAUAACCAUACAACCAGACGGAGCUUUUGGAAGAGUUUUGGUGGAAAAAAAGACAAAGAAAAAAAACUAAAAGGUAUGGCGGCGACUUUACCCAGAACCCUUGGGGAGUUGCAGCUCUACCGCAUUCUUCAGAGGGCCAACCUGCUGUGCUACUACGAUGCCUUCAUCCAGCAAGGUGGCGACGACGUCCAGCAGCUCUGCGAGGCCGGCGAGGACGAGUUUCUCGAGAUCAUGGCACUUGUGGGCAUGGCAAGCAAGCCGCUGCACGUCAGACGCCUCCAGAAGUCUCUGCGUGAUUGGGUCACAAACCCUGCCCUGUUCAAUCAGCCCCUCACGUCCCUGCCCGUCUGCAGCAUUCCUGUCUACAAGCUGCCCGAAGGGUCACCCACAUUGUUGCCUGGUAACGGUGCCCGUGGAGACACCCAAGUCAAAGUGCCCAAGUGUUUGGCGGCUGCUUGUGUAGAUCCGGGAAAAGGAGAAUCGGGCAACGGGAACUCUUCGGCCACCGUUUCACCCCUCCAGAGUGGCAGCGAGCCACGUUUUUGGGCCAGUCAUGGCACUGAGAGCGAGCACAGCCUUUCCCCUGCAGAACUGGGCUCUCCGUCGUCCCCUCGGGAUGGCCUAGAGGCGCUCGACGCGGCUGCCGUCCAGUCCGUGGCGGAGUGCGUGGAAAGAAUCUCUCAGACUUUGCAGAAGAGUGACGCCGUAGAGGUUAAAGAACAGUUGAAGGGAAAUAAGAAGCUUGCCAAAAUGAUCAGCCACAUCUUCGACAUGAGCGACGAGGAUCCGCACAGGGAAGAGGAAAUCCGCAAGUAUAGCGCUAUAUAUGGCAGAUUCGACUCAAAAAGGAAGGAUGGGAAGCAUCUGACUCUGCAUGAGCUGACAGUGAAUGAGGCUGCGGCGCAGCUUUGUAUGAAAGAGGUGGCAUUGCUGACUCGCAGAGAUGAGCUUUUCGGACUGGCACGUCAGGUCUCACGAGAGGUCACCUACAAAUACACCUACAGAACUAGCAAAUCUCGAUGCGGCGACAGAGAUGAGCCCUCGCCCAAGAGAAUUAAAACUGAGGAGGGCUGUUUUGACCUCCAGGAGGCGCUGCAGGCUAUUCACAUGCGCCAGGAGACCCUUAAGGAGCAGCUAGCCCACGCCAGAUCUAAAGGAGAGGAGACGGUUGGGCGGAAUAUCCAGGUUCAGCUGGAGCGUCUGUUGGCCAAGCAGAUGGAGAUACUGCAUGAUGCCGCGGCGCAGGACAGACUGCAGGCUCUGGAGUGGAGGGUUCCACCGGGCCCCUACAAACACAGCUCAGACCGGCAGAACAGCAAUGGCCUCUCAGCUGACAAAAACGCUGACCAGCAAGGAGAGAGACCGUUGAAUCUAAGGGUGACCAACCUGAGGCCGAGCGCAUCAGACGGAGACACGCCUCUCGGAAAGCAGCUGGCGAACGAGUUGAAGAGGCAUCAUCACGCUAAUGCAGAGAGCAAGAUGUCAACCGCCACAGAAAACGGAGACGCAUCUUCACGUGCCCUCAACCUCUCUGAGAAGAAGACCAUCAAAUCAGAGCCAGAGGAUUCCAGAUAGCAGCCCUGAAUGCUUUCGUUCCAAACCUACAAUACACGUCGUCUGUCAGUGAAUACUAAACAAGCACAACUACAGUAGAGCCUUAACAACCGACGUUGCCUCAAAAAUAGAAUUUAUUUUAGUUUCUCGUCAUUUUUGGUUUUGCCAAAGCACCUAGAGUCCUUAUUUCCAUUCUCUUGAGUAGAUUCACACUGUUUGUGCUGUCACUGACUGUACUCGUUCAAUUCUCACUAGCUCUAAUCACCUGUUAUUGCUAUCCUAUCGGUGCGCACCAAGUCCGCUAUUUGUACAUACAUAGAAAAUGUCUGUUUGAAAAUGGUUAAAUGUUAUUUAAAUACAGUAUGUGUUGUAUGUAUGUAUGUAUAUAUGAAUGCAUGUAUAAUUUCACUGAAACGGAGGGACGCCGUGUUUUUAAAGUUGUCAAUACGCA